GUCUGGAAUGUCAUUCAUUCCACUGACCAACACAAAGACAGCACAAACAAAACGAACUUGCCAUGCCGAACUCAGUAGCACAGUGCUUUCUCCUUUCUGUUGGGGUUGUUAUUUUUAGCUCUUGUCUGCGAGAGUCUACGGCUCAACGGGAGCGUGAGGAAACGUUCAAGGGCCUGCAGCUUGAGGCUCUGAAGAGCAUUAUCCUGGAGUACCUCGGGAUGGAUGCGCCUCCCGGGCCUGGCGGAAGAGCUUCUCAUCAGGACCUGGUCAGGAUGUACCGUCAGUAUCGGAGAAUGGGAUACUUGCUUAAGGGCAAUUCCAGUGAGGAACAGGAGCCUCAGCCUGCAAGAAGAGCCUCUACUGUGCUUUUCCCCACAGCAGUUCAGCUCCUGAAUUCUUCCGUGGAUUCCCGGCAGCAGUGGUUCCGAGCUGCUUUCUACAAAAGCUCACGCAUUAAAACUGGAGUAAACCUUAAACACGCAAAGCUGCAAAUUAAGAGACCACACGCGGACAAAAUCGCACCGGGCCAGCCGUGGCUCUCAAAAGACGUCGUGGUUAGAAUGCGUAAACCUCCCGGUUUCCAUACAGACGCUUUAAUUCACUCGGGGGACUUGAGCUCUCGGGAUGUAACGCUGGAUUUGACAGUUGCGGUCAGGAAGUGGCUUAAGGACGCCAGUGCUGAGCUUUUAGUUGUUGAAAUUUGCCUCCUUAAAAAACAAGAAGUGAGCACACAAUCCACGCCUCAGCUUGUUUUACAACUCGAUCAAGCGGUGAGGAGAAGAAACAAGAGAGCCCUGUCUACCAGAGAGGAAAGCGUCGAGGAUGAAGGUCACUGCAGGCGAAAGUCAUUAAAUGUUUCCUUCAAAGACAUCGGCUGGUCGGACUGGGUUAUUGCUCCCUCGGGUUACACUAUGCACUACUGCGAUGGCUCCUGCCCGCAUAAUUAUAAACCUGCCAGUAUGCAUACGCAGGUGAAGUCUCGUCUGCAUCUCUUGUCCAAGGGAAUGACGCCCGGGCCUUGCUGCGUACCAGCUGCGUAUGAGCCAAUGGUUCUCAUGCACUACGACAGCCGUGGAAAGCUGAAGCUCACGCCUUUCAACGAUUUGAUAGUUAGUAAAUGCCACUGUGCGUGAAAGGCACGGGCUCUGGCUCUCCGCUGCGCGUUAUG